AGAAUGGACAGAUUAUAUAAUAUGGAAGAGUAAAGAAAAAAUCAAUGUGUUCGAAUAAUCUGCCAUAUAGAGAUCAUUCCAUUCCAAUUUCAUUACCUAGUAUUACCAGUCUUUAUUCACAAAGUUUAUUACCAAACAAUUGUUCUUUUUUAUAUUUACCUCCACCAAAAUUAUCCAAGUCAUUGAAAGUUAAAGAAAAGAUGACAUCGCUACCGAUUUCAUCUUUAUUUAAUUCUAAUGAACAGAAAUCAGGGCAUUCGUCAUUAACCUGCUGUUUAGAUAUACAUGAAUUGCUUUGUACACCAAGUGAUUCUUUACAACAAUCAUUUAAAACAUCCUUAAUAGAAGAAACAAAUAAGGAUAAAAACAAGAGGAAUAUUAGAUUUUGUGCUCCAUAUGAGCAUAAUGUAUGUCCUCAAUGUUUUAGAAUAUUUUCACGGCCUAGCUAUCUUAAAAUACAUAUUCAUAAACAUACAGCUGAACGGCCGUAUACAUGUUCAGUAGAAGAUUGUAAACGAUCAUUUUUUUCACAAAGCAAUAUGAAAAGACAUAUGCAUUUGCAUAAAUUGUAGAAAGAUAUAAAUUUUAGUGAAUUAUUUAAUAAUAUAUUAUCAAUAU